AUGAAGUGUCGGACAGUCCUACGGCCCUUGGCGGCCUCGUCGAGAAACAGAUCCGGAGUGUUGUUACGGAGAACAGGAAUACGAUGGGCGAGUGAUACGUGGGCAUCAGGACCGGCGCAAAAGGCCGGGUCAGACUCCGUCCACUUUCCCGGCGCGUUAAAGAGCAAAUUCACGUCUACUAUGAAAUUCCGGAAUCCAACCGAAGAGGCGGCUAUGCCGACUUAUCGAAUAAUGGAUGCCGAUGGGAAUGUUGUAGAUCCAUCACGAGAUCCUCAAUCCCGGAUUUCGGAUGAAGACAUUAUCCAGUGGUACCGCAACAUGCUGACGGUCAGCAUUAUGGAUUUAAUCAUGUUCGACGCCCAGCGGCAGGGAAGGACCAGCUUCUACAUGGUCUCUGCAGGCGAGGAAGGAAUUGCGGUCGGGUCUGCCUCUGCAUUAUCGCUAGACGACGUGUGCUUUUUACAAUACCGGGAACAGGGAGUACUGAUACAACGAGGAUUUACUCUGAAGGAGAUGAUGAGCCAACUUUUCGCCAACAAGGACGACAAUGGCAAGGGCCGUAACAUGCCAGUCCAUUACGGCAGCGGAAAACUCAAGGUGCACACCAUUUCCAGCCCUCUGGCCACCCAGAUCCCUCAAGCUUCGGGAGCGGCAUACGCCUUGAAGAUGCAGCGGCUGAUGAAUCCGAAUAUUCCGCCCCGGAUCGUGGCCUGUUAUUUUGGAGAAGGCGCUGCCAGCGAAGGUGAUUUUCAUGCCGCCUUGAACAUUGCCGCCACAAAAUCAUGUCCGAUUGUGUUUGUAUGCCGCAACAACGGGUUUGCUAUCUCCACGGCAAGCAUCGAACAGUACAAGGGUGACGGUAUUGCUAGUCGAGGUCUGGGUUACGGAAUUGAUACGGUCCGAGUGGAUGGAAAUGACAUUUUCGCCGUGCGGGAAGUUAUGCUCGAGGCUAAGCGACGGGCCUUGGAGGGUGAUUGCAAGCCUAUCCUUGUGGAAGCCAUGAGUUACCGUGUUAGUCACCACAGCACCAGCGAUGACAGCUUUGCGUACCGAGCGAAACGCGAGGUGGAAGAGUGGAAGCGACGGGACAACCCUAUUACUCGUCUACGAAAGUGGAUGGAAAAGAAAGGAAUCUGGGACGAAGAUAAAGAGAAAGAGGCCAGGACGUCUAUCCGGAAAGAGGUGCUCCGAGAGUUUGCUGCCGCGGAAAAGGUCAAAAAGCCACCUCUGAGAGCUCUCUUUGAAGAUGUCUAUGAAGAAAUCACCCCAGAAGCGCGGGCUCAGAUGCAGCAGUUGAAAGAGCUGAUUGAAAAGUACCCCAACGAAUAUGACGUAUCUCAAUUCGAGGGUGGUAUGAAGACUCUGAGCUGA